CCCGUGCGUCAGAUCCGAGGAGCACCUAGGAACGGAUCCGGGCGCGUUACCGGAGUAAUCCCGCGAUUCUGAGCCUCAGAAGAUCCGGGUCCGUGUAACCGAGGGUCUGACGUAAUGCUCCGGUAGGAUCUGGAUUAUUAAUGAGGAUGAAGAUGGGGGAUCUGCCGGACUUAAGAGAGGUGGAGAACAAGCUGGGUCGGAAAGUUCCGGAGAGUUUGAUUCGUUCAUUCGCGGGCGAACCGUUCAGAGGCUCGGAAACCCGCGAGCGAACCGAUGAUCUACAGACGCUCCACAACAAGAUCAGCUUCCUGCGGCAACAGAUGGCUCAUCUGCGCUCCAUCGAUGUCACACUGAUGCAUCAGCUGCUGUCCAUCAACGAGGGCAUCGAGUCGCUCCGCUGGGUGCUGGAGGAGCGCGGGGGCGGGGCCAGCCGCGAGGGCAGUGUGACGGACAGCUUGUGCAGCCUAUCAGAGGGGGCGGAGUCAGAGCGCGGCUCCUGCAGCGACGGACUGGACGGGAUCUCGCUGGGCAGUUAUCUGGACACACUCGAGGACGAGGAGCUUGACCGCCGCUCGACCGCGGAGCAGGACACGCUCGGCAAACCUCCGCUGCGGCCUCGUGUGGAAACUGAUGAGUACUACUGCUUCGGCUGAUAAUAACAAACACUUCUGAUGCCGAUCCACAUGGGCUCUCACCAAUCGCUUUGAGAAAUUCUCCUGUUUAAUCGGCUGCGAUUGAUUUAGCUCACACUUCUUGUUCUAAAGUUGUUGUUUUUUUCUGUAAGUCAUCGAUGUUUGGGUUUGACUUUUUAAAUGUUUCUUAAAGAGGUCGUCGGAUGCCCCUUUUCUACAAGUUGAUGUGAUUCUUUAGGGUCUUAAUGGAAAGUCUAUAGCAUACUUUGGUUCAGAUUCCUCAAAGGCAGUGUAAAACAACACCCUCUUUCAGUGCUUUUCCCUUUAUAUGCUAAUGAGCUCUGCUGACCCCGCCCCCUUUGAUUUAAUGAGAUCAUUAUAGCGUGGUUGUGUAAACACACUGCAAACACAUUUCAGUUCAGACAGCUUGCCGGUCAGCUGAGAGAAUCUGCUUCAGGCUCUGUCUUCAAUGUUUGUUUCAGGCGAGAGAACCCGGCUCUAGUUGAUAUAUUGUCUGUGUUCACACUCAUUCAGUCCGGUCUGAAUUCAGUUCAGUUCAGUGUGAGGUCCAUGGGACUAUCCACAUUCCCCAGGAGUAUCUCCAGCAACAGUUUCUCAGCUCUUAAACAAUCUCAACUGAUGUUUUCACAAAUUAAGUCAUAAAGGCUUGGCAUUAAAUGUUGCAUGAUCAAGAAAAAAAAAAAAAAA